CUGGGUUUGAAACAUAAUUUCGCUGUUGAAUGUUCCGUAAACCACCGACUAUCCGCACAAUCGUUUCUCAAGUAAUAUAUGUAUAAAAUUUUCCCGUCCGCACGUAACUUCAAUUCCAAUCUGUGUUGAACGUUUCGCGUAGUUCUCUAAUUAACGGAAAUCGUAAGUGAGCGACACGGUAACAAAUUAACGCAAUUCGUCGGUGAAACGAAAGCAUUGGGAUAGUUUGGAACGACAAGCUCACCUUUAUUUACUUACCUAUGUACUCGAAGUCCAACCAACAGGUGUUACGUAAAGAAAAUUUCAUUAAAAAUCCACACAAAGACUUUCUUGGAGAACAAGCCACUCGACUGGUGCCAAUCAAUAGAAUGGACCGUGUCUUCGAGUGACUUCCAGUUAGAAUCAUUGCAGGGACAGGAAGUAUCCUUCACAGACAUCCUUGUUAUUGUACAGGUUCGAGAUACUUGCGAUACAAAUACUUUGAAAAUACAUCAAACGAAACAUCAUCCCCUUCAACUACCGUUCGAAUCCCACAAAAUGAAACUUUCGCAUCGGAAUUGACUGAGAUUCACCGGUAUAUAUCGAACUUGCUAGCAUCUCUAUCCAGCCAAUCUCUCUCUUUUAUCCUGUGUACAUAUAUCUGUAUCGCGGCAUUCGCAAAAGGAAUUGCCGGUAUCGAUGGCCCGUAGUAGCUGAAGAGAACAAUAGGGUUUCGCACAAAGGGCAAGGAUGCGUUCGUGUCGCGAAGAACGAAGCUCAGGGCUGGCUGGCUACGAGUUUAGCGUGUUCCACGUUACAAGAGCUGGCUGCGUUCGUCCUGUGUGAAUACACAGCCAGCCGUAGAGAGACAUGGGUGACGUUGGCGUGGGUGGGUGACGGUGGUUGGCCUAUCGGCUCGGGGUUGCUCGGAAUCUAUCGGUGGGCCAGAUUUUCACCGACACAGUCUCCGGCUUACCGGCACACGCGAACGAUCCUGAAAGACGGCUACGGGACAGAGGAUAGAACGUUGGCCGGCCGGUCAUAGAGAGGAUCCCUCGAGUUUGGUACGGGUUGCGCGCGCAAUCGUACUCGCGCCGCUCCUCGACGUCGUUUUGCAAGGAAAUUGAUUCUGCGCGGAGCGUCAACCCUACCGAGUGAGGGUGUAAGAGGAGGGAGUAGCGAACAGAAGAGAACCCGGCACCGCAGACCGCGUACACACCGCACCGGGGUCAGAGGUACAUCUCGCGUUGACGCUGACCGAAGGCACACACCGUCGUCGGACGAGCGACCGUCCUCGUUUGCUAUUAUGUAAGGGGGAUGUCGUCGGGCAGCAGCGUCGACGUGGACACGCAGCAGGGCUACUGAAGGGGAGACGAGCCGAACUGGAAGGGCGACAUGCGAAGAGACGCGUCGCGUCGGCCGCGUUACGACCACACACAGCCGUCGCACCACGUAUCGAAGGACAUUCGUACGGAGAAACAAUAAGGAACGCGUGUACAGAACGCGACAGGAUCAUCGAUGGAACUGAAAAUCCUUCUGCUCGUUCACGUAGUGGGAAUUUGCUCCGGCUUGCGAGAGGUGCGCGUCAAGAUACCGACGGCCGUGAAGAAAGGUGGCACCGCGGUACUGAACUGCUGGUACGACACCGAGGGGGAUCCUUUAUACGCCGUCAAGUGGUACAAAGUGACUCGAGAGUUUUAUCGCUAUGCCCCGAACGAGACCCCGGUCGUCAAGACUUUCCCCAUCGGGAACUUGACGGUGAAGAAAUCCGAGAGCAACGCGACCCAGGUGACGCUGAUGAACCUGGAGCUGGACGCGGCUGGUGUGUACAGCUGCGAGGUGUCGGCGGAUGCGCCUUCCUUCCACACGGCCAUCGUUUAUGCCACCAUGAACGUCGUUGAAUUACCCUCUCAAGAUCCGUCGAUACACGGGUUAAGGAGCAAAUACCGGAUCAACGAUGUGUUACGUUUGAACUGCACAUGCGGACGGAGCAAACCCGCGGCCAAUCUCACCUGGUACAUCAACGAUCGACAACCGCUGAAGCCGCACGUCCGCACGUACAGCCCCCUCGACACGAACGAAUCGGAGUGGCAGAUCUCCCAGAUCGGACUUCAGUUUCUCGUUACGCACGAACACUUCGCCACUAGGACCGGCAAAAUGAAGAUACGCUGCAGCGCCUCGAUAUACGACAUAUACUGGAAGAGUACCGAGGUCAGCGCCGAAGAGGACAGGCCCAGGGUGAUACAUUACGAGCCAGCCGCCACGAUCGUCGGCAUCAACUAUCUCCAACCACCACCCAACUUUCAAACUGGCCAAAAGAAACCUGACGGUCAUGUCGGAGUUAAAGUUCUCGGCUCGUCCAGGACGGAACCAAGGCUACCGUCUUCGAGGCUGGUGCUCGGACUGUUCGCGUUUCUUCUGAUCGCCAUUCGUUAACCGUAACGCAAUUAAGUACGCGCGCGCUUUGGAGCUGUUUUAUAUAAAUCGACGUGCUUGUAAGAAAGUCCGGGCCGCUUUGUGUGAUCUGAUCAUCCUCGGGCGACAGACGACGCACGUUUCGCGCCAUUUUUCGGACCACGGUGCGAGAUGAACCACGGAGAAGAAAUGACAGGAAACGACGCUGAAUUCGAUUUGGAUCAGCAUGAAUGGUAAAGGAUGUCGGGUGAUAAGAUUCGUGUCUCUUUACGAUCAACGAAAGGUACUCGUGGUCCGCCAAUGUCGAUGUAAGAACGACGAAACCAAAGAGAAUAAGAGAGGAAUGUUUCGGGGUAUAUUUUAUUAUUAGACCGUAUAUGUCGCUUCCUUUCGACGAGAAUACAUGUGUUUGCAGUGUGUAGAUAGAACCGUAUAGUACGUUUUACGUCGCAUCGUUUCGAAGAAAGAGCGAUAGAUCUUUUCGUUUUCGUACUUUUUUAUAAACUCGAAACGACUGACCUAGCGUGGAUAUAUUAUACAGGCUGGUUCAAAAUUGGUGCGGACUAUCCAUUGAUUCUUUAGAAUUUUGCAAAUCAAGUUCCAAAAUUUGAUUUCCUGUCAUCUGACUUUUUUAAAUCUAGAGUGGAUUAUUUAUUACGGUAUUAAAAUUAUUUUGUGAAGGUAAAAUAUUAUGCUAUUGCCAAAGAUACUGAAAUCAUUUAAUCACACCAGAAUUAAUAGGAGCAAUUUAAAAUUGCAAUUUCAACAACGUGCAUCAUUCUUGAAAGGCCCUGUAUAUGUAUAAUCUAUCUUCGUCGAUCUCAAUCUCUAUUUCUCCAUCCUGUCUCUUGAUCCGUACCCCGAUUAGCCUGACAUCACUCGGUUCGCCUGAAAGUACAUGAAACAGUGUGCGAGGAGAUGUACCUGAUGAAUCGGAUAUUCGACGUGUAGUCGCUUUGCGGUUGCCACUGUUCUCGUGUUUCCAACAAGGAUCUCGCGUUCUGAGGAGGAAGAGGAAACGGAUAAGGAUACUAUAUGUAUUAUAACGAGGAACGAUGUCAAAACAUCAUCUUUUCUUUCUCGUAUAUUAAGAAUACUCCUCGCCAAAAAAAAAAAAAAAAAUUUUAACGAAGAAAGGAGGAAAAUGGAAACAAAAUAAACUCCUGAAAAAAAAAGAGACGAGCUCGAUCAUUUGAGAGUCAACGAGAAACGAUCGUUCUGUAACGAAAUGAAAUUUCGUUCACGGGUUACGAUUCACGUUCAUGUCGGGGCUCAUUAAGCGUUCGCUUCAUUAAAUUAAUACCUGUUUGCUGUUCGAUUUAAUGCGUUCCCCUCUUUCGAUACAUUUAUCAGCCGCGUUUCACACAACUUCGAACGCGACUGAACGAUUAAAGCGAUUUGCAGCCACGUUCUGUUUACAGUGAAUAUACCACGUGUAUCGAGCUUACCGUUCUCUACCCUCGACUUCCGGCCGGAAUGUUGCGUUUCCUGGUUGCGUACGGCCUGGAACAUCGACGAACGGGUAUUAAGUUUUCCUUCACUUCGAAACGUUUUGAGGAAAUUCAUUCUGGUUCGAUUGAUUGGGUCGUUGUUUGAACGAGACGCGACGAUUGAAAGAAUUUAAAAAGAAAAAAGAUUGAAAUCGUAUAUAUAUAUAUAUAUAUAUAUGUAUAUGUAUAUUAUAUAUUAACGAGCGAUGUGUGCUAGCUAUUAGUUUAUGGAUUAAUCGAUUAAGAAUCGCAACGACUGAAUAAUACUCUACAUGAUUUUCUAAUUGUAAUAAGUAUUUUUGAAAAAACAACCUCAUCGUUUCUACGUAUGUAGCUAAAGCGAGCGACCGUUCGUUAGGUGGACGCGUUUCAAUUUCGAGAUUAGCCAAAAAGAAAAAGAAAGAAAUUAAUAUGUGAAGGUGAACGCACGAGAGCGAUAGAAUAUUUUCGAACCGAUCGGUAUACACGACGAUUUAAGAAAUAAAUGUAAGCGAGAGUGUAAAGUGUCAGAGGUGUUUCGCGUGUCUGCAGCAUAGUUUUAAUGAUUUUUUCGUUGUGUCAAGGAGACAGAGAAGAUGCUAGUCAAAUUUUUGCCAAUUUUUUGGUAUCGAUGCUCAUUAUGUUCCUCAGCUUGUCACGAUACGAAAGAAUAUUUAUGAUAAUAAUAAUGAUAUGACCACAGAAUCGUUUCAUUUCGUGCCAUCAUGCAUCCCCUUCGAUCCACUUUUAUUUUCAAACACAUAAUGUUAAAUAGAAAAUCCUGAAAUUUAGAAUUUUUUAAUUUUAUUAUGAAAAAGAAGUUUGUGGUUAACGAAUCAUUGUUAAUUCGAAUAAAGCAUUAUUUAUGCAUCAUGAAUAUUUUUUUAUACACGUACGAGUAAA